AUGACCAAAUUCAAAGAUGCUAAAACAUAUAGUGACCAGGAAAAAAAGAUACUGCUAGACGCAUAUAAUAAGCAAGAACAACAGAAACAGUUAAAUAAAACAGUACGGAUUGUAUUCAUAGCAUUGUUACUAGAUAUUCUAGCAUUCACGAUCAUUUUGCCAUUGUUUCCACGGCUGUUGAAAGAUUAUCAGGAACGAGAAGAUGGGGAUGAAACAACAUUAUUAUCAUUUUUUCUACGGCAAAUAGGUUUAUUUAAAGAAAUUAUUGGUAGUAGUGAAUCGUCACAAUAUAGCAAUCCAAAAUGGGAUAUUGUUUUACUAGGGGGUGUAUUAGGCUCACUCUACUCGUUUUUACAAUUUGUCGCGUCACCUGUAAUUGGCGUGUUUUCUGAUCGAUAUGGUCGACGGAAGACAUUACUAUUCACAAUGAUUGGAAAUAUAUUGUCGACAAUUUUAUGGUUAUUCGCUAAAUCAUUUGGGUGGUUCGUACUAGCAAGAAUAGUGGGAGGUCUGUGUGAAGGUAACGUGCAAUUAUCGAUCGCGAUUGUGUCGGAUGUUACGACGCGCGAGACUCGGUCAAAGGGAUUGGCGUUGGUUGGUAUCGCAUUCGCUGUUUCAUUUACAAUUGGUCCUGCUAUCGGUGCAUAUUUUGCGUCGAAAGAUCUGGCACAACUUUUUCCUCAACUAGUUGAAUGGGGUCUUAGUCCGUAUUCAGCGCCUGCGUUCGUCUCACUAAUAUUACUUUGCGUAGAAACUUUAUACUUAUAUGUUGCUCUGCCUGAAACAUCAAAUCUCGGAAAAUCACAAAAUAAUGACCUCAAUUCACCCACAAAUACAACACCAAAAGAAGCACCCGCGAAAUACCGACACCGCCAAAAAACCCUCCAAAUUCUAAGCUGGAUUCACUUUCUAUACCUCUUCUUUUUCUCCGGCAUGGAAUUUACACUCACCUUUCUAACAUUCGAUCUAUUCGAUUUCACAAACAUGCAAAACGGCAAACUAUUGGGCUACAUUGGUGUGUUGUCGGCUCUAAUACAGGGUGGAUAUGUGAGACGUCGUGCGCACACAAUUGGCGAAAAGUACUUGGUGGCGCAAGGAGUGACGGCGUGUACUAUCGGGUUAAGUGUUAUUUCUUUUUUGACGAAAGGUGUGAAUGGUGUCACUUGGCUUUACGUUGGUGCUACUUUUUUUGCGAUCACAUCGGCUACUGUUGAAACGCGAGUUUAUUCCCUAUUAAAAGGAAAAGAACUCGGUACAUUCCGAUCAUUUGGUCAAUUGGGUCGAGCAUCCGGUCCUAUAGCAACAUGUAGUCUAUACUGGAUGAAAGGCUCUGAAAUAUGCUAUGGUGUUGGUGCAUUAGCAAUGAGACUCCGAUCGUCGACUUCCACUUCCUCUACCAUUGCAGCUCCUUUAAAACAACGAGUGUACAUUGAUAUAAUGAAUUCGCAAGUUGACGAAGCAACUCACUCAUUAUUAGACAAGGUUGAGAAAACCACACAAACUAGUCGCUUUAUGUGUUGUUCACGACGCUCAUGUAUCAGCAAAGCAGGUCGGGUUCGUUUAGCUGCUAGAGCUUUUGUUGGAGUUUUAGUCAUUGUUGUUUAUACAGUGUUGGUGUUUUUUGUGAUUGACUAUGUGAAGACACCGUGGUUCGGUUCGAAUCUGUUGAAUGACACGUAUGCAUGUCACGAUACUGUUAGUUGUGAACAGCGCCUACAACACAAAGAAAGUAUCAUCAAAGACAAACUAGAAUCAAAUAAUUCAUCAAUAACACCACCAAAUUAUGUAUUCUUUAGUUCACUAUACAACGAGAAAUACAUGGAAGGCGCGCUGACAUUAGGAUACACAAUAAAGAAACAUCAUCCAAAUCAUCAGAUGUAUAUGAUCUAUUUCCCCGAAAAUUUCUCCGAAGCAGCGCUCUGUAAACUUCGUGCAAUUGAUUGGAUACCACGCGUUGUUGAACGGAUUCCACCUCCAUGGAAGGGAGUUCCGUCAUACUUCGCAGAUCAGUUCACAAAAUUACAAUUGUGGUCGUAUACAGAGUUUGACGGGAUUAUGUAUAUCGAUUCGGAUGCGUUGGUGGUGCAUCCGUUGCAAAAAGCAUUUGAAUUGGUUAGUGGUGGUGCUAAUGUGACGGGAUUUGAGUUCGCUGCUGUGUCUGAUGUUUUUGAUGGGACGAUUGAUGUUGGGUUUAAUGCUGGCAAGUCUUUUAAGAUUGUGUAUGAUGAGAUAAUACGUACUUAUAAAUUACGUGGCAACUAUAACAUUGAAUAUGCCGAGCAAGCUUUUCUUAAUGAAUUCUAUCGAUUCAGACUGAUCACACUACCCAUCACCUACAAUUUCAACUUAUCAAUACUUAAGAAGCAUCAACAUCUCUGGAAACUACUAUUUAACGAGAUAAAAGUGGUGCAUUACACAGUAAUGAAACCAUUCAUACGGCCAUCGCCGCCACGAUCUUUUAGCGAGCCUUAUGAGUUCUGGUUUAAAGAGAAUUAUGCGAUGCAUAAAAAGUUUGAUGAUAAGUUCCGGGAGUGCGAUGAAGAGGAGAAGUGA